UUCCUGGAAAUCUCUGCUCAACAUUCUCCUCAGUCAGGGGCCAAGUUCAGCUGCUGUGUUCUGAGCCCUGGCAAGGACUGCACACGGAGGGCAGACUCAGCAGGCCUCCUUGCCUGGGUAGACCUAGCCCGUUUGUCUCCCUCACAGUACCAGGCAGGCAGUCACUUGAAGGUUCUGUGUUUCACACCAGAGGACCACCUCGAUAUGCUGUGGCUGAAGAAGUUCCAGAUCCCGAGGGGCAUCUACGAGUUCUUCCACAGCUUCUCCUCAAGCCCAUCUCAGCAGCACAGUGUCUCCACAUCACAAGUGUGGCCUCAAAGAUGGAAUGACUAUGAUUCGCCUGAGGAAUUUAACUUUGCGAGAGACGUGCUGGACUACUGGGCUCAAAUGGAGGAGGAGGGCAAGAGAGGCCCAAGUCCAGCCCUGUGGUGGGUGAACAACCAAGGAGCUGAGAUAAAGUGGAGCUUCCGAGAGCUGAGGGACCUAAGCCGCCGCACCGCCAACGUCUUUGAGCAGAGCUGUGGCCUGAAGCAGGGAGACCGCCUGGCCUUGAUUCUGCCCCGCGUGCCUGAGUGGUGGCUGGUGACAGUGGGCUGCUUUCGAACAGGGAUCGUCGUCAUGCCUGGGACUACUCAGCUGAAAGCCAAGGACAUCCUCUACCGACUACAGGCAUCUCAAGCCAAAGCCAUUGUGACCACAGGGAGCCUCAUCCCGGAAGUAGAUUCUGUGGCUUCUGAGUGUCCUGCCCUGAAAGCCAAGCUGGUGGUGUCUGAUCAUAGCCAUGAUGGAUGGCUCAACUUUCAGUCACUGAUGAAAUCAGUAUCCGCAGACCACAACUGCAUUAAUACAAAGAUGAAGGACCCCAUGGCCAUCUUCUUUACCAGUGGGACCACAGGUCACCCCAAGAUGGCAAAGCACAACCAGGGACUUGCUUUUCGCUCCUGUGUCACUUCAUGCAGGAAUGUGUUGAAACUGAAGACAUCUGACGUCCUGUGGUGCAUGUCAGACCCAGGAUGGAUUCUGGCCAGCGUGGGGUGCGUCACUCAACCAUGGGCAUCAGGGGCUACCAUCUUCAUCCACCACCUCCCUCAGUUCGACCCCAAAGUCAUUAUAGAGACGCUGUUCAAAUACCCCAUCACUCAGUGCCUUGCUGCGCCUGCCGUUUACCGCAUGAUUCUCCAGCAGAAAGUUGACAAUCUCAGGUUUCCCACCCUGGAGCAUUGCAGCACUGGUGGGGAGAGCCUGCUGCCCGAGGAGUUCAAGCAAUGGAGGGAAAGGACAGGCAUUUUCAUUCAUGAGCUGUACGGACAGUCAGAAAUGGGGCUAGGCCUUGGUGUCUUCCGGGAUAUGAAGAUCAAGAAAGGCUCCAUGGGGAAGGCCAUAUUACCCUUCGACUUCCAGAUCAUCGAUGAGAAGGGUAACAUCCUCCCACCCAACACCGAAGGCUACCUCGGCAUCAGGAUCAAGCCCACCAGGCCUUUAGGCCUUUUUGUGGAGUAUGAGAAUAACCCGGAGAAGACGGCUGAAGUGGAAUGUGGAGACUUUUACAAUACCGGGGACAGAGCCUCUGUUGACGAAGACGGCUACUUCUGGUUCUCGGGCAGGGGUGAUGACGUCAUCAAUGCUUCUGGGUACCGCAUUGGGCCUUCGGAGGUGGAGAACGCCUUGGCGGAGCACCCUGCGGUGGCAGAGUCAGCCGUGGUAGGCAGCCCGGACCAGAAGAGAGGAGAGGUGGUGAAGGCGUUUAUUGUCCUGACCCCGGAGUUCUGGUCACGCGAUCAGGAGAAGCUUGUCAAAGAGCUGCAGCAGCACGUGAAGUCUGUGACAGCACCAUACAAGUACCCCAGGAAGAUCGAGUUUGUUCCUGAACUGCCCAAAACCAUCACAGGCAAAAUCAAAAGGAAGGAACUUCGAAUAAAGGAGUUCAGUCAGAGAUCAGCAACAAAAUCAGGAGCAUCCCUGUGACCUGACACAUGUCUUUGACUGUUGGGGGUGGAGAUGGGGUGGACUGUAGCAAGGGUAAGUUUGGAAGAGGAAAGCAAGACCCUCCACCAACAUUUUUGUGUUUUCAAAUUCAGCUACCACCCUUCCUGGGAGUCGUUUGUCCUUUCGAUGGCCACAGUGAGCUCUCAAACCUGGUUUGUGGGCAUUAAAAUAUUAAUCUGACUAGCA